AUGGGAUGGCAUCCUGAUGGUGUCACCUCUGCUACUGGGAACCAGGACAAAACGUGCCGCAUUUGGGAUGUUCGGAACCUAUCCAAGUCACUUGCUGUUUUGAAGGGCAAUCUUGGUGCAAUCCGGUCAAUUCGUUACGAAUCUGAUGGCCUGUAUAUGGCAAUGGCUGAGCCUGCAGAUUUUGUGCACGUUUAUGAUGCAAAAAAUGGGUAUGGAAAGGAGCAGGAGAUUGAUUUCUGUGAUUAG